AUGUUGGCAAACCCUAGCAGUGGCAUACUGCGCUGCACUGCUAAACCCUUUAACUUCCACCCAAAUUCAAACCCAAAACCAAAAUCAAACAGGCCCAAAUGUUUCGUGUGCCCACGCAGAAGCAGCAGCAGGACCAAGUAUUGCAGUCUGUCCCUCCUCCUGCCCAGAAAGAAUCGCAAGGCCUUCGGCAUCAGAGCUUUGACGGACACUGCCGCCGUUGAUGUUGUUCAGCCCUACUCCGUCAAAAUCCCCGUUGGUGAUAGACACAUUUUGAUCGAGACAGGUCAUAUUGGGAGACAAGCCAGUGCUUCCGUUACAGUCACUGAUGGCGAAACUAUUGUAUACACAUCUGUUUGUUUGGCUGAUACUCCAAGUGAACCUUCAGACUUUUUCCCUCUUUCCGUUCAUUAUCAAGAGCGUUUUUCGGCAGCAGGUCGCACUAGUGGAGGCUUUUUCAAACGAGAAGGAAGGGCAAAAGAUCACGAGGUUCUCAUUUGCAGAUUGAUUGAUAGGCCUUUGCGUCCAACUAUGUUGAAUGGCUUCUACCAUGAAACUCAAGUACUUUCUUGGGUGCUGAGUUAUGACGGUUUGCACUCUCCUGAUUCUUUGGCAGUCACAGCAGCUGGAAUAGCUGUUGCUCUUUCCGAGGUUCCAAACACAAAAACUAUAGCAGGAGUUCGUAUUGGUCUUGUUGGGGACAAAUUUAUUGUGAAUCCAACAACUAAGGAGAUGGAAGAUUCUGAGUUGGACUUGCUGCUAGCUGGCACAGAUAGUGCAAUAUUGAUGAUAGAGGGCUAUUGUGAUUUUCUGCCUGAGGAAAAGUUGCUGCAAGCAAUAGAAGUUGGGCAGGAUGCUGUACGGGCAAUAUGCAAUCAGGUGGAGGCUUUGGUUAAGAAGUGUGGGAAGCCAAAAAUGUUUGAUGCGAUCAAAUUACCUCCCCCUGAGCUAUAUAAUCAUGUUGAGGAAAUAGCCGGUGAUGAGCUGGUAAGAGCUCUGCAGAUUACGCACAAGACUCCUAGAAGGAAAGCCCUGUUGUCAUUGGAAGGAGAAGUUUUAACAUUACUUACCGAAAAGGGAUAUGUUUGUAAGGAUACAGUUGUUGCAGGCAGUGAAACAGAACCAGAUAUAUUUGAAGAUGAAGAUGAGGAUGAGGAAGUGAUUGUGGAUGGUGAAGUAGAUGAAGGUGAUGUUCAUAUUAAGCCUACCUCGCGGAAAUCCACUCCUUUGUUUUUUUCUGAGGUAGACGUGAAGCUGGUAUUCAAAGAAGUAACAUCCAAAUAUUUGCGCAGGCGCAUUGUGGAGGGUGGAAGAAGAAGUGAUGGGAGGACACCAGAAGAGAUACGUCCAAUUAACUCAAGAUGUGGACUACUUCCAAGGGCACACGGAAGUGCUCUUUUUACCCGUGGCGAAACACAGUCAUUGGCUGUGGUUACACUUGGUGAUAAGCAGAUGGCUCAGAGAAUAGACAACCUCAUGGGUGUAGAUGAAUGGAAAAGGUUCUAUCUCCAGUACACAUUCCCCCCUUCAUGUGUUGGGGAAGUUGGACGGAAUGGAGCACCUAGCAGAAGAGAAAUUGGUCAUGGAAUGUUGGCUGAGAGAUCUCUUGAACCAAUAUUGCCUUGUGAUGAUGAUUUUCCUUACACUAUACGUGUUGAGAGCACGAUUACUGAAAGCAAUGGCUCUUCAAGUAUGGCAUCUGUGUGUGGGGGUUGCUUAGCACUACAGGAUGCUGGAGUUCCAAUCAAGUGCUCUAUAGUUGGAAUAGCAAUGGGUCUGGUUCUAGAUACUGAGGAAUUUGGGGGGGAUGGUUCUCCUCUUAUUCUCUCGGACAUAACUGGAUCUGAAGAUGCAUCAGGGGAUAUGGAUUUCAAGGUUGCUGGAAAUGAACAUGGUGUAACAGCAUUUCAGAUGGAUAUAAAGGUGAGCGGGAUUACAUUACCAGUUAUGAGAAAGGCACUCCUGCAGGCAAAAGAUGGCCGAAAGCAUAUUAUUAGUAAGUUCGAGCUCCAUGUGUCACAUGUCAAACCUGACAAAGUAAACUUAAUCAUUGGUUCUGGUGGGAAGAAGGUCAAAAGUAUUAUAGAAGAGACUGGAGUAGAUGCAAUUGACACACAAGAGGAUGGGAUAGUCAAAAUUACUGCCAGGGAUUUAUUGAGUUUGGAAAAGUCUAAAGCUAUUAUUACUAAUUUGACCAUGGUUCCAACUGUUGGUGAUAUCUACAGGAAUUGUGAAAUCAAAACAAUAGCUCCAUAUGGAGUAUUUGUGGAAAUAGCACCUGGGCGAGAGGGACUUUGCCAUAUUAGUGAGUUAAGUUCAGAUUGGCUGGCCAAGGCAGAAGAUGCUUUUAAGGUGGGAGAUUAUGUUGAUGUUAAACUGAUUGAGGUAAACGAAAAGGGGCAACUUCGCCUCAGCCGCCGAGCAUUACUUCCUGAUGCAGAUCAUGAGAAUUCUGAUUUAAGGCAGCCUACAGAUGACUCCAAAGAUGUACCUUCAUCAGACAAGAACAAAGUCAAAGGUACAAGCUCACCUAAAAAUAAUUCAUCAGAAAAUACUCUGCUGCCACAAAAGAAGUUCAUACGGAGAGCAGUCAACCCUGCCAGAGAUAGAGCAAAUAUCAAUAAUGAUGCAUCCAAGAGGAGCAGCAGUAGAGUAGUAGGCGAUUCCAGGAAGGAUGAAAAUACUUUAGUAAAUGGAGGUGCUAACAUUGGACAGUAAGGAUAGUUUUACUGAUGAGGGUUAUCUGUUGGUCCCAUUGUCAUGGUGAAAGAACGUGUGAUGUGAUGCUCACCAGACCUAUCUGAAACAAAGGUUUUCAGGAUUUUUACUUGUUAGAAGUGGUGUAUUAAAUGUGCCCGAGGUCCCCGAUUCUGCCAAAAUGUUACAUCACAUGCAUUCUUGUGAUCGACUGAAUGAAGUUACAGGUUACAAGUGCAUAUGUCAUCAAGAGAGGGAAGUCUUUGGGCGUGGAAAUUUUGCUGGACCAAUAGAUUCUUAACAUUUCCAUUUGCAGGAGAAUGUAUUGUUCCUUUUAUUUCUUUAGAACCUCUUCUCUUGCAAAUAUGUAAUAACUACCUGGUAGUUAAAUUUUUCUUGGCUCUUUGCUGUAGCACAAUAUUGUUUAUCCUCCCUUCAGUCCCUUGUAAAGUACGUUAUAUUGGUAAUUCGUAUUUUCUUGUG